ACGGCCGGCCGGCCGGUCGCCGACGCCUUGCAGCGGCGCUGAACGCCGGUGGUCGGUGGGUACCUCUGCAACACAGUGCAGCGCUCCGCUCUGCUAACCGUGCAUGGCCGGAGUCUGGGAACGGACCGCCGCGCAGGUGGCCGGCGGGCAGACUGCAGUGCGCCGCGGCGGAGCGAGGCGUGAGGAGGGCAGUGUGCAGGGUGUGAACUGUGAAACUAUACAUGGAGGACGGACGGAGGGUGUGAGAUUGCACGGAAGGGAAGGACGAGCGGCGUUGAUCAAUACGAUUCAGAAUCUAUCCUAAAUAGGGCGCUGAUAACCGCACACGGAGACGUCAGGAAGGGAGGUAAGGUCCAGCCGGCUCAAAAGGUUGCCGUCAGUGACUGUCAGCGUCAUUCAGUGUCAGUGUCAGUGUCAGUGCUGUCAGUGACGUAAUUGGAACCUCAAGAGAGGAUCGAAGCCAGUAACAGGAAGCAGAGGACGGAGCGACGAGAGGAAGGGAACGAAUUGAACGUGAAGACGAUACGAGUGGAUGUCAGGAGAGAGUGAGAGACAAGAGGUCGAUAUAUCUCGGAGAAGUAGUGAGAAAUGAGGAUUACGAGGAAUUUAGAAAUCAAUUAGGACAAAUAGAGGGCGAAAAGGAAGCACAGAGUGUGGGAAGCAGUCGCAGGACGAUCACGGCAUUGAGAACGAACGAAUAAUGACGUAUAGAAUAUAGAGGAAACAGAGAUCUAGUGUGAAGAAUAUGUCGAGAAGAGUGUGACGCCUGUCGCGGAAAGCAGCGACGCCGGUGUCCAGCUGAAAAUGCGGCUGCCGAUAGCUCCAUGUCCUGUGAUCCGCCACUGGACAGGUUGUGUCAGGUUGUUUGCAGCAGUGCUAGCAGUCUGCUGUGUCGUUCUCGUCAUAAAUCAAAAUGUUCCCAGGGCCAUUGACAGUGAGAGGAGUCGGGUGGCCUGCCGGCGGCUGUUCCGGCUCAGUCAGUCGCGGAUGUACUGGGAGAAUCCGUCACAGGACUCGCCGACGUCCUGUCUCGGCUCCGGCCUGCCGCCCAAACAGUCCAUCCCGUGCCUGACGAGACUUCGCGAGCGGCGCGGCCGACCCGCCUACGUCAUGUUCAUAGGUGACUCUCGAGCGCGCAUUAUCUUCAUGAAGAUUCGUGAGACUCUGAAGCUGCUGUGGCGGCGUUACAUCUUGCACGAUACCUACCAGUCGUCCAAGAACGCCACGUUUUGGGAGCGCGGCCGGCGGCUCCGCUGUCCGCACGCCACUCCCAUGUUUCACGGCACCCGGUACCUCCGAUGGGUGUGUCAUCUGGAGGUUCUCAGUGACCUAGUGCGCGCCUCCUUCUUCUGGGCGCCGUACGUCGGUGCCGGCUACGCCGAGCGGCUGGCCGUGGUCGAGGAGGACUGCCGUAGCGGCCGGCCAUGUCCCGACCUCAUCGUCAUGACGCUGGGGAUGUGGUACGCCAAGAUGGCCAUCGACCGGCCGCACCUCACCAGGCCGGAGCGGCCGCUGCACUUUCAGGCGGACCUCGAGAGCCUGGUGCCGGUGCUGCGUAAUCUCUCCGUACACUCCCAGCUGGUGUACCGAGUCGAUGGGCCCGAUUUCAUGGACGGGUACGGCAACAAGUCGGUGGUGAACGGCGCCAUCCUCACCAUCAACGCCAUGGCCACCGAGAAUCUGCGCAAGGUGCCUGGUCUGCAGCUGUGGAGUUCCUCGCUGGCCGAGACGAUCCGGUUCCAGCACAGCGUCUGUCUGCAGCUGGCCGCCAUCCACACACCCGUGCUGGGCAGGCACCGGGACCAGUGCCUGGACGAGAACCACGUGGCCGAGACGGUGCGGCUGUCGGCGGCGGCGGCCAUCGUGCGGUACCUGUGCCGCGACACGGAGCCGCACCCGGCCGGUCACUGCUGUCUGACCUGACACAAACCCGCCAGGUCACUGCUGUCUGACAUAGGGGACUGACACAGGGUACUGAGUACUGACACCAGAGACACGGAGCCCCACCCGGCCGGUCACUGCUGUCUGACCUGACACGGAGCAGUACCCGCCAGGUCACUGAGCUGUCUGACAUAGGGACUGGACACAGAGACUGACACCAGCGAUACGGAGCCGCAGCCGGCCGGUCACUGCUGUCUGACCUGACACAGACCCGGCAGGUCACUGUUGUCUGACUUAAGGACUGAUACAGAGGCUGACACCAGCGAUACGGAGCCGCACCCGCCAGGUCACUGCACUGCAUGCACGGGUCUGAUACCCAGCGACACAGGAGACUAACACAGAGGACUUACACAGGACACUGACACAGGGUAUUGACACAAGGCUCUGACACAGGAUUGCGACACAGGACUCCGACACACGAAACUGACACCAACGGAUCGGCGGAUGACACCGAUGACGCCAGGGGUUGAGACUAUGCGGAGUGUCAAAAAAUAUCCCUACCAAAUGCGGAAUUAAUACAAAACAGUCCUAAUUCUGUG